AUGUUGCAAGCGGAAAAUAUUUUGGAAAACAUUGAAACCCUAACCAUUGACCUGAUGUACAAAACUAGAGGUCACCAUUGUUACGCAUUAGUGACCGACAAAAUGUAUCAAUCAAUUCUGUCGGCCAGCCUGUUUAAAGCCGUAGGCCAAUCGACCUAUUUUAUAAUACUAGUCCCCGACUUUGCCGAUACCCUAAGACCUGAACCGAUUUUUCUACAUUCAUUGAUGCAGGCCCAACGGUCAGGCUGUCAAACAUUUCUCAUCUAUCUCGCAAAUGGCAUACAGAUGGAACGGUUUUUGCGAUUUGUCGAUGAGUUUCGUAUUUUGGACACUCGUUCGAAGUUUGUUCUCCUUCAUGACUAUCGGCUAUUCUCGAAAAGAUUGCAUUAUCUAUGGAGGAGGAUAGUCAACGUGAUAUUUGUGAAAGAGAAUGACAACAGUCGUCGUGGAAACUUAAGCACAGGCACUUGGUUUGAAUUGACUACGGUUCCAUUUCCGCUACCGAUAAAGGAAGUGUAUGUGGAUAAAAAAUUAGAUUCAUGGCGUUCGGGAAGGUAUCAAAGAGGAGUAAAGCUGUUUGAAAAUAAAUUGACCAAUCUAAACAAUGAGAAAUUGAAAGCUGUAGUUUUUAAGCACACACCGGGUGUAAGUGGAGGCUCUGAAAAUCAUAGUGGCGUUGAAGUUGAGAUUUUGAAUACAAUGGCAAAGACAAUGAACUUCUCACUACAGUUUUACGAAAGUACUGACUCAGACACAGCAAAAUGGGGAAGAUUGGAAAGCAAUGGAAGUGCGAGUGGUCUCUUAGGGGAAAUGAUAAACCGACACGCUGACUUCGGGAUAGCAGAUCUUCACUAUACUCCUCAUCAUCUAAAUAUUAUGGACUUAAGUGUCCCAUACACUAGUCAAUGCUUGACAUUUUUGACACCAGAAUCAUUAACCGAUAACUCGUGGAAAACGCUCAUUUUACCCUUCAGCGGUGGUAUGUGGCUCGGAGUUCUUUUCUUCCUGUUUUCUGUGGGUUUUGUAUUUUACAUUCUGGGACAGAUUCACAUAAGACUACGGCGUAAAGAAGUUUUGAUAAAACGGAAAAAGUAUGUGAGAACGACAAAACGUAUCAAACGGACAUCCACCACCAGCGAAACCAUAUCUAUACAAAUUAAAAUAUUACCGAAAAGGACAAGACCGACAGUUUCGCACAAGGACAUCUUCGAAAGUUUUGGCAACUGCAUACUCUACACGUACAGCAUGUUAUUAGUGGUGUCCUUGCCGAGGUUUCCAAAAAGUUGGUCUAUUCGCGUUCUGACCGGGUGGUACUGGAUUUAUUGUAUACUUGUUGUGGUCGCUUACAGAGCCUCACUAACAGCCAUUUUAGCCCGAUCCGCGCCCAGAGUUACUAUCGACACUCUACAGCAACUCGCCGAAAGUCCAAUUGGUUGUGGAGCAUGGGGUGCACAGAAUAAACAAUUUUUUUUAGAAUCACUCGACGAAGCUGGCCAGAAGAUUGGAGCCAAAUUAGAGGAUGUGAAUGACAUGAUGGAAGCGAUUGAGCGUGUAGCGAGAGGAAAGUAUGCGUACUACGAAAACGAAAACACCUUGAAAGAGAUUCGGUCCAAACGUAAUACCCAAUUAGAUCCCCAUCCCAUGCAUAUAAUGAAAGAGUGUGCGGUCAAUAUGCCUAUAUCGAUAGGAUUGGAAAAGAAUUCGGCAAUCAAGCCACGUUUUGACAAUUUAUUGCGUCGACUAAUUGAAGCGGGACUGGUCAGUAAAUGGUUAUCAGAAGCGGUGCGAAACUACGAGCACAGUGAAGAGGAGACGGCAGAGGCGUUGAUGGAUUUAAAGAAAAUGUACGGAGCUUUUGUGGCACUAGGAAUUGGAUAUUUUAUCUCGGUUAUGGCUUUAUUGGGAGAAAUUAUUUAUUGGAAGUGUGUGGUGGUGAAAAGUCCGCUGUAUGAUGAGUAUGCGCUGUACAAAUUGUAUGAAAAAUCUUAGUGAAAGUAAAUGAUUUUUCAAGUA